AUGGAUAAAAAGUAUACAAUAGAACAAUAUCAAUUAAAUGAAGAAUUUAAAUAGAAAGUUUAAGUGGGUGACUUUAUUUUAACAUAAACUGAUAGCUUUGUUUAUUCCCUUUCUAGAUCAAUUUUAAAAAUUGAAUAUGAUCAUCUUUUAGUAUUAAUAAGAGAAGAUCAAUUAUUACAUAUUGGUUGGCCAAAAAUAAGAAUAAUAAAUCCACUUUAAAUCUUAAGACAAUCAUCUAAAUAUAUUAUAUUUAGACCACCAUAUUAAGAAGGAGAACUAUAAAAGUUUCUCAUGUAUCUUUAGACUAGUUUAUAAGCAGAUUAUGAUUACUAAAAAUUAUUAUAAGGAAUGAUUAAAAAAUUAGUAAAUAAAGUUCCAACAGAUCCAAUACCAUAUUCAUCUAAUCUAAAAUCUUCUAGAGUUUGUACAGAUUUAAUUUUCUAUUGGCUUGAAGCUAGUAGUGCAAAAUUUAGAGAAUUAUUACCUGAUUAUUUAGGGUAUUUAGAUUAUCCAUUAAUUGGUUCAUUUACACCUGAUGAUAUUAAUACAUUAGCAAAAAUGAAUGUUUUUUUUUAAAUAAUACAUGAAAAAGAAAUUUAAAAACCAGAAAAUACUUUCAAAAGUCUAGGUAAAAAUAUUUAAAGUUAAGGUAAAUUAUAUUUACCUGAAAUUCCUUCUAUCAAAUAACUUAAAAAAUUAAUUAAAUAUAUUCCAUACCCUGAAAAGUUUAUUGGAUUAUUAUAAUAAUAAUUUUUUUGGUAUUAUCUAAUAAAAUUAUUUACAAUGUCAAAAAAGUAAAUGACAGAAAAGUUAUUAAAGUUUGUUAUUAAAAGGUAUUCUUCAGAGAAAUUAACAAAUAAAAAAUAAAAAAAAAUAGUAAAAAGAUUGAGGAUUUUUAUUGAUACCAUAUCUAUAAUCAAUUCACCUUUUUCAGGGAAAACCUAUGUAAAAUUAAUAAACAAUUUGAUUGAAUUAGCUUUUUAAAACUCCAAAUCUGCAAAAGAAUAGGUUCUUAAAAUGAUAAUUAAGUUAUUUAUUAAACCAAAACUUUGA